AUGUUGCCGCCGCUUCCCGAGCCGAACAGAUGGGAGAUGAGAUCGGAAUCUGCAUGUGGAUGCACGUUAGUGUUGGGAUUGAUAGCGGUGCUUGUUGCUGCUACGCGGCAUAUGUGCAAGAAAAUGGCUGGCCAUGUGAAUGAGGUGCUGCAGUCCACCCUGUUCUACGCUAUACACGUCGAAGCUCUCCUGGCCUUCGUGUGCCUGCUGGGCUUGAUGUGGGGUGACGCAGGUGUCAUCCGGCGAUCGCAAAGAACCUGUUUGCCAGUUCCACCGCCCGUUCAUGCGGCCCUGAAGGCCGGCAGCUCUCUCGAUCAAUUUCAGAACGUCGUUGAUGGGGACAACACCUACUGCGUGAGAUGCUGUGUCUGGCGGCGAAGCGCGGAGGGCAAGUCAGCCAGGUGCAGACGCAUAUCUCUCUGUGAUGAUGGUUCUAUGUACAACUUCCAUCAUUGUUCUGUUUGCCAGCGCUGUGUAGCCAACUUUGAUCAUCAUUGCGGCGUGUUUGGUCGCUGCAUAGCCGGAGUCGGACUUUCAGGAAAUAUGGGUUUCUUCAAUGCCAUCAUUGUGAUGGGCUUGGCUGGGGGCUCGACCUGCUUUGCCAGCAUCCUUCUGGGUCUCAUCUACCAGGAGGACGGCUUCCUGCUUUCGGUCAUAUUGAUGGCCUAUUUCACACCGAUGUUCCUGGGGUGGGCGGCUGCAGCAGCCUUUGCUCCAGAUCAGGGUAUGUCAAAGUCCUACAGGAUCUACUUUUUACUCGUUGAGGUCAGUCAGCUUGAGGACAAAGUCUUACAACUGCAAGAAGAGCGGGAUGUGUGCCAUGUUUACAGGGAGUGCUUUCAGAAGCUGAUGGAGAAGGGCUUGGAAAUGUCGCUGGUAGCGGUCCGUGCAGACCUGGAAAGGCGAAUCAGCAAGCAUGCAGCGAUGGAAGAGCACAUGUCAGGUCUACAUAAACAGCUGGAGUCGGUGCUCGCCGAAAAGGUCAAGGCUGAAGGUAUCAUCAGCAGUCAGCAUGUCGAAAUCCUCAGUCUUCAAAACCUGCACGAUGAUUUUCUUGCGGAGAAGGCUCAUGGCCAAGUUGUGGCCCAGAAGUUAGAAACUUGUGAAGCCGAGCUCUCCCGCUCGAAGAAGGAAAAGGCAGACCUCGACCAUCUGGUCAGCUCGUUGCAUGUGGAUUGCGCGCAGAUGCGGACACAGCGAGAUUCUGCAUUGGCAGAGGUGCCGCAUUUGAAAUCAUCCCUUCAGCAGCAAGAUGUGCUCAUGAAGGAUUUGGAAAACCAGGUAGCUGCUUUGCAGCAGCAGUUGCAGAAGAGCGAUGAUGCAAACGGCCGAAUGGAUCAGGAGGUGAAGCGUCUCGCAUUUGCGCUCGACAGAUCUCGAGAAGACGGGGCGAGGCAUGAGCAGGUUUCCCUUUCGCUACGGGUAGAAAGGACGAGAUUGCUUGAGGUAUUGGAAAGACUGCGACGCGGCAAGGCGGAGAGUGAUCUGCGGGCCUCAGCAUCUGUCAACGACCACGGGCUAUUGCAGGCCCACAUCGAGCAGAUGAAUGCCGAGCGUGAACAGCUGCAGCUCCAGCUCAACCAUGCAACUUCCGAGACAUCGGCCAUGAGGAGCCGUUUGGCAGGGUUGGAGCAGAUGGUGCAGGCAUAUGCAGAUGAGUCUUCCACAUUGCAGCAGAAGGUGUCCUCCCUGCAAGAUGACAAGGUGCAGAACUGGCGUCGUGUCGGCAUGUUCAGGAUUCCAAAGCUGCCAGGACGAGCUGCAGGAAAAGUUGGACAUGGCACCGAGGGCAUCAAGGUCAACAGCAAGAAGGCUUUGUCCGCCAGCACAGAUCCUUUGGGUUUCGCAUGUGCGAGCGAGGAGUACCUCUGGCUCCCGGUCCGUGCACAGCUCCCUGCAAUGAGACUCGGCCCGGGCGGUGGCUCUGACCCGGUUAACAAUGUCUCGCCAGAAAUGGCAGCUGCGGGCCGAAAAUAUGCUCAAAAGUAUGAGGACAUCAUGUUGGCCGGACGGCAGGUUUGGCAGGAAAUGCUGAAGAGGGACGAGGUGCCGAAGAAAAUUUAUUUUAUUGGCACAAAUGGCAACACAGGUAUGUCCCAGCUCCGGAUGGGACUUUGUUCCUUCGUAGAAAGCCUUGAGCUCAGUGAGACCGAUGGUCUGCCUGCUGGCAUGAUUGUUGGUGAAAGUGCGGUCAGCAUACCGGAGAACGUUGAAAUUCUGAAAACUGGAUUGGUGAUUUGGCUGGACGUUUCGGCAGAGUUCAGCUGGAGCAAGACGCAGAUGAGAGCAAAAGCUGGGGGGGGACUCUUCAUCCCAUAUGAGAUCAUCAGGCCGCCAGUUUGGUGCAUUGCAAACGGCUGGGAUGGUGAUAUUGAUGACGGGGAGGCAAAGGCCGAAUAUACUGCAAUGGUCGAGAAGUAUGCUGAGAAAUACGAAGAGAUCGCAGACCUCCGUCUUCGAGCAGAUACUCCGGGAAUUGUUGAAAACCAGUACUGGGGCGCACAGCGAUUGGCCAAGGCCAUGGCUGAGUUUUAUGGUAUUGACACAGAGGGAGCCUCUGUCGAGGAGGAAGUCUUGGAACGUGACCUUGAGAAGUUUUUGGAAAGUGCUCGCCUCUCCAAGUACAUGCAGGCAGCUCUGGAUUGGUGCGAUGAACAGGGUGCAGCUUCCAUUGAGGAUAUUGUCGAAAACACCGACGACUUUGCUGAAGCACUCUCGCUGAAGCCGCUAGAAAGGAAGCGCCUUUUGAAGGCUGCUGAAUCUGUCCUCUCCCUGGCUUCGUUCCCGUUGCACGCAGCGCAUUUUGUUGAGUCCGUCAUUUUAUCCGAGGUUGCCGCUGUCGCAUAA